AUGUGCCAACUAAGAUUGGAGCUUUUAUGUUCACAAAAUAUUCUUGCCAUUGACAAGUCACUAAAAACAUACAAACAAAAGAUUGGUAUUCCACCUAAAAAUAAUGAACAAAUAAGCCUUGACAAUAAUGAAGAGGAAUUAUACACAUCAGAGGAUGAUGAUGAUAUUAAUAUGAGGCAAAGUCAAAUAAAUGUUGAACAGCCAGAAAUAAUUCGAUGUGAUGAUGGUGAUUAUAUGCAAUGUGAUUCAUUUAGCUUAAAUAAGUCAGAAGGUUUGACUAAUUUGUAUGAUAAUAAUCCAAUAUUUCAAGAUGAUAUUCAUUCUAAUAUUCAUUCUGCAGAUAAUUUGGCAGCCAAAUAG